GAAAAAUGAAUGUUGGGUAAUUCAUGACACCUGAAAGGGGCAAAAGAUAAUUUGUCUGGUCUGGUGGAAAGAAGGAAAAUGUCAAAAGAGCGGGAGAUGACAGUUACAUAGGGAAAAAGAUGCUACUACUUUUAAAAUGUUGAAAAAGUUUAGUAGGAUGUCGUUUUUCAUGUAAGCGAUUUAGUAUAGGGAGUUCUGGGGAAUAUAGCCUGUCCUAGAUUUAGCUGCAACUUGGCUGGUGACAUCCCUUGAAGGUGUAUAUUUUGAUUUUCAAGUUGAGCAUAUUGCAGCAGACACUUAUCUUGCUGAUAUCACUGAACACUGGGCUGGUGUGUUUUUUUUUGAAGAAGAGAAACAUUAAGUUGGGGUAACAGGUUCUACAAGCUUGUAUUUUAGCAUGGCGAUAAUGAAUAUAUGUGGCAGUCAUUCAACUGUGUCUCUCAUAAUAAAUGCCUAUAGAAGAGCUGCAAACUUAAGUAUCCAUUUCAGUUGCAUUAAGAGGAGCAAGAGAUUUGUGCACAACCUGCCCUGUAGUUAUUACACUCCAAAGAAGGCCUAUAUAUUUUCCUAUUUAUUCUGCAGAAAAUACUACUCGGUUAUCUUGAACCCCCCAUAUUCUAUUGUUGGAUGCUCAGUACAUCACCAUGGAGACAGCGGUACCACCUAUACCAUUAGUAAACAGCAAGCAAAUGAAAAUAAAUUUCUUUCAGACCUGUGUUAUGCACAUUCUUGCACGCAAGUAUUUAAACUGCUGAGCUCUCUUGAGGUGUUUACUGAUACUAUGGCAGCAGCAGCUUUACUUAAAGUUGCACAGGUUGAGACAAAAGAUGGCAUACUGACAAACCCAAGAAAAGUAUUUGACAAUAUGAUUUUCAAAGCUAUCUGCUUACAGUUUGAACAAGAGUCAAAAAAUUUGUCUACAGCAGGUAUUGUCAAUGCCUUAAAAGCUUUUGUUCAACUGCGUGUUGAUCCAUGGAGUAAUCUAAUGGUUCGUUUGUUAUCGGAAAGCCAAGAGCGAGCUGAAAAAGGAGAGAUGAAUAUACAGUACCUUUGCAUGCUAGGCAGAUGCUUGUUAGAAAUAGAAGGGCCAGAAUGUGCAAUGCUUAAACCAGUUAUGGAUCAAGUACUACAAAAGAAAAUUAAUGACUGGACUCCUGAAGAAAUAGCAAUGGUUUAUGGCCUAUUGCAAGCUGGACUUGGAGAAAAAGGACAAUACCAAGGCCUGUUAAAUCAAAUGCAUGAAGCCACAGUUUCCAAGGCCUCACAAAUGAAUCCAACAUUAAUUAGUUCUAUACUUACUGCUUUAGUAGACCUUAAACAAACGCAAGCACUUCCAUUAGUAAUAAAUCUGUGCAAAAAUUCUAUAAGAUGUAUGCCUCAUUUCACGGAUGAAGAACUUGUGAAUGUAAUAGUGGCUUUAACUAACUUUGGACACAGUGACAAAUAUUUUACUGAAGCUUUGGAGAGACAUGUGCCUAGAAUGGUCUUUACUAUGUCACCAGAAUUGGUCAGUAGAGUGAUGGAAUACUGCAGCAAGAGACUGAUCCUUUCCAAGCCAAUAUUUGAUGCAGUUGCUGAGAGCUUUGUGUAUAAUUCAGAAAAUUGUACUACUCUACAAAUUGCACAACAGAUUAUUCCUUUUGGAGAACUGAACUACUUGCCUCCUAAUGCAGCCUCUAUGUUCAGGCGACUUGAAAAAAUUCUAAGUAGCCGUUUUUCCCAGUUCCAGCCACAAAUUUUACUUAAACUACUGCAUUCAUGCAUACUUCUGGAGCGAUUUCCUGUCAAUUUUGUGGCAAAGAUCUUCAGUCCCUAUUUCAUUCAGCAGUUGCAAGAUAAUGCAGUUGGAGGACACUCAGACAGAUAUACAAGUAAAGAUCAAUCGGGAAAUGUGGAUAAAUUUGUCUUAGCUCUGCUGACCCAGCUGUUCCUUACGGUUAGCUUGGAGUGCCCGUUUUAUGAGGGCCCAAGACUUCUUCCAAAGUACAGAGUAAAAUCUUUCUCUGCAUCUGGACAGUCGCUAGAAACCAUGGUUGAUGUACAUCUUUAUAAUAGAGUCAAGUCUGGUCUCAUUGACCUCUUAGGGGCACGAAUGUACUUUGCAUCGCAUGUACUGUCUCCUUACUGUUACACAUUAGAUGUAGAAAUCAAACUGGAUGAAGAAGGGUUCGUGUUAGCAGCCUCCAGCCAUGAAGAGGUUCACAGAAGAAUAGCACUCUGUAUUGAUGGUCAAAAACGUUUCUGCUCCAACACCCAUAAACUUCUUGGCAAAGAAUCUAUUAAACAAAGACAUUUGCGUUUGCUUGGUUAUGAAGUCAUACAGGUCUUUUUUAUCUUUCAGAUUCCAUUCUAUGAGUUUGACAACCUAAGUUACAAAGAAGAAAUUGUUGAAUAUCUUCACAAGAAAAUCUUUCCUCAUACAUACAGACUUAAUUGGUGAUAUCACUUGACAAUUGUGCAUUGCUUCUACUUAGUAACUCUGUUUGCCAUAAGUACUUUUAUAUGCUUUCUUCUGGUCUGGUAAUUUAAAAAUUAAAUAAUGUGUGUUUUUUUAAAAACAUAGAAUUAUCCAUAUGUUUCUAUUUGUAGAACCGAUGGUCGCACGAAAGAUCUAAAAUCGACACGUGUGUGGCCACCUUUAUGCUUAGUACACGUCAGAUCAAAUAUGACUCCACUUCAACCUCAAAAGCAGACAAGGUUCUUCCCACACUUACCAAAAAGAAACACACUUUUUCUGUCUUUAAAUCCAUCACUCAAACCACUAAACAAGUAUGGCAACAACCAGAAAAACGGGUCAACCUUGACAAAAAUUUCCUUAACCUGUACCCCUUACCAAAUGAUAUAAAAACUUUAGCUAGGCUCUCUCAAUAUACCACCUAUGGAAGAUGCAUUAACAUUAGAUAAGAGAAUGGAGCCACCUGAAAAAAAUAAUUCACACAGGUUACAGCCGUCCUCCAUCCUACUAAUCCUCCUCAAAACAACUCCUGAUUUUUUUGCCUUUUACAGGGGGUACCGGUACUGUACUCUUUUUUUCUAUCAUUCUAUUCAUUAUAUAUAUAUCCAUUCAUGCCUGACUUUUCCACUCUUUUUUUCUUUCUACUCUUCCUCUACACUUUUUCUCCCAGUGCUUUUAUACAAAACUAACACCACCUCCUCCUACUUGAAUUUAAAGAGUCAUUGAUUAUCCUACCUCCAGAGGUGGCAAUCAUAUACCUCAGCAUGGGCCUGAUGAAAAAAUAUUUACAAGUAAGAAAAUGCUCUUUUUUUCAACCUAUGUAAAAUAAUAAAAUCAUUUAACUACUUUUAAUUUCCUUGCCAGCUGCAAAGGAUAGGGCAUGUUUAAGUGUCCACACUCUUGCCAGAGUGUUGGGCAAUAGUGAUACUGCAGAGCUUUCAUUAUUUUAAUAAUUUAAAAACUGACAUGCAAAAUUCUUCUGGCAGUAAAUGGGUUAACAUUUUCUCCAAUAUAAACAAUACCAGUUUAGCCAGACAUUCUUUAUAUCAAGAUCUUCCACACCCUUUAUUGACUUACCUGUUCCUUUCUCUGCUUCAGCAAUGUCCUUUUUGAGUACUGGAGACCAAAGCUACACUGCAUAUGCUCGAUCAGGCCUUUUCAGUGUAAUGUAAAGGGAUACCUUAACAUUCUCAUAGUAAUGAAACAAAUCUUUGUCUCUAGAGGGUCAAGUAUACCUCUCCUUCUGGUUCUGUCAGGUGAAUGGUCUGUGGGGGUCAGGUAAGGAUAAAUGGGAUUAUGGAAG